AUGGCCUCCCCAUUCAUAAGGCAUUGUCUUCUCCAGAGAGCUCCAUCGAUUCCCCGUGCUGCUCAGCGACGCCUUCACCUGGCCCCGCCGUUUCUGCUCGACGACUACACGCCAAGGUAUCUUAGGCUGACCUCUAGAGACGCGGCCAAGAAGCGCUCCAAGGCCUAUGCCCACCUCCGCAAUUGCAACCUUUGUCCUAGACAAUGCGGCGUUAAUCGUCACGAGACGACUGGAAUGUGCCUCAUUGGCGACACGGCCAAAGUCAAUGUCAUAGCGCCGCAUUUUGGUGAAGAGCCAUGUAUCCAGGGGCACAAUGGGAGUGGCGCGGUAUUCAUGAGUGGAUGCAACAUGCGCUGCAUCUUCUGCCAGAACUAUGACAUUGCGCACCAGCGAAACGGCAUGGACCUCACCCCGGAAGCGCUGGGCGACUGGUAUCUGAAGCUUCAGGAGGUGGGCAAUGUCCACAAUAUUAACAUUGUAACUCCCGAGCACGUGGUGCCUCAGGUGGCGUUGAGCAUCUUGCAUGCGGCGGAGCGUGGGCUAAGAGUGCCUAUCAUCUACAACACGUCGAGCUACGACUCGCUUGCAUCUCUGGAGCUGAUGGAUGGACUGGUCGACAUUUACCUGGCUGAUUUCAAAGUAUGGGAACCAAGUACAUCCAAAAGGCUGCUCAAAGCAGAUGACUACGCUGCGACGGCAAGGGAGAGCAUCAAGGCCAUGCAUAAGCAAGUUGGUGACCUGUGCUUUACCGGGGAUGGAAUUGCGAAAGUAGGAGUCCUAAUUAGACAUUUGGUUAUGCCGGGAAAGGAGGCCGAGGGUGCAGAAAUCAUGAAGUUCUUGGCAUCUGAAGUAUCCACCGACUGUUUCGUCAACAUCAUGGAGCAGUAUCAUCCAGACGCUCACGUUGGGAAGAAGAGAAGGAGGAGGAGAGUAUCGUCUGUGGCUGAAGAGGAACCAAGGCGUCGGAACGAGCCAGCAGAAGAAGACGGCGAGGUUCGAUACAGCGACAUCAAUCGAGCUGUUACAAGUGAAGAGGUUUCGUUGGUGCGCGAAGCGGCUGUGCGGGCUGGCCUUUGGCGUUUCUGCGACCCUCCGAAGCACGACGGUUUCGCUAUCUGA